AUGGGGAAUAAAAUAGCGCGGACAACGCAGGCGUCGGCGACGGAGUACUACCUGCAUGAUUUACCGUCAUCGUACAAUUUAGUGUUGAAGGAAGUGUUGGGAAGAGGACGCUUCUUGAAAUCGAUUCUGUGCAAGCACGACGAAGGGCUUGUGUUAGUGAAGGUUUAUUUCAAAAGAGGUGAUACCAUUGAUUUACGGGAUUAUGAGCAUCGCCUCGGCAAAAUUCGCGAAAUCUUUUCCGGUCUUGAUCAUCCUCAUGUCUGGCCCUUCCAGUUUUGGCUUGAAACAGACAAAGCUGCCUACUUGCUGAGGCAGUACUUUUUUAAUAAUCUUCAUGACCGGUUAAGCACUCGUCCCUUCUUGAGUAUCGUGGAGAAGAAAUGGCUGGCCUUCCAGCUACUUUAUGGAGUGAAACAGUGCCACGAAAAGGGAAUUUGUCAUGGUGAUAUAAAAUGCGAGAAUGUAUUAGUCACUUCCUGGAACUGGCUGUAUCUUGCUGAUUUUGCAUCAUUCAAACCGACAUAUAUUCCAGAUGAUGAUCCCUCCGAUUUCUCAUUCUUUUUUGAUACUGGGGGAAGAAGGCGCUGUUAUCUUGCACCUGAGAGAUUCUAUGACCAUGGAGGUGAGACGCAAGUUUCGCAAGAUGCACCUCUAAAACCAUCAAUGGAUAUCUUUUCUGUGGGAUGUGUGAUUGCAGAGCUAUUCCUUGAGGGUCAGCCAUUGUUUGAAUUGUCUCAGCUGCAUGCUUAUCGUAGAGGACAAUAUGAUCCUAGCCAACAUUUGGAAAAGAUCCCAGAUUCAGGGAUCCGUAAAAUGAUUCUUCAUAUGAUUCAAUUGGACGUGGAAUCUCGCUUUUCUGCUGAGGGAUAUCUGCAGAACUUCUCUGGCAUUGUGUUUCCUUGCUACUUCUCUCCCUUCCUUCACAAUUUAUAUUCCCUGUUGAAUCCACUUACUGCAGAUGCUAGGGUUUUGAUAUGUCAGACAUCUUUCCAGGAAAUUCUUAGACAAAUGAUGAGCAAUUCUGUAGUCAAGGAUCAUGGUACUGGACAGCCGGCUUCAAGUGAUGUAGAUGAAUCCCGGCAAAUUAAUGUGGAACAAGAUUCCCUUAGCAAAAUAGAACAGGUUGACAGGAGCUCAAUGCAUGAUAGGUUUGAUCUUCUAGGCGAUGUUAGUACUCUACUCAGGGAUGUAAAACAAAAAAGUCGCCGUCAUGAUGUGAAACUGACAGUGGAAGAUGUAGCAGGUUCGGCGUAUUCUCAAAGUUUGAAGCAGUGUAAUGUUCAAUCCCCUGAUGAGCUAAUUCAGACAAUCUCCAAUGUAUUUAAUAGAAGCCACCAUCCCUUCCUGAAGAAGAUAACGACGACAGAUUUGAAUUCGCUAAUGUCAGAUUAUGAUAACCAGUCAGACACUUUCGGUAUGCCUUUUCUGCCUUUGCCUCAAGAUAUGAUGAGCUGUGAAGGCAUGGUCUUAAUUGCCUCAUUACUCUGCUCAUGUAUAAGAAACGUUAAGCUGCCAUUUAUGAGGAGAGGGGCUGUACUUCUGUUGAAGUCAUGCUCCUUGUACAUAGAUGAUGAAGAUCGGCUGCAGCGUGUGCUUCCAUACAUAAUUGCUAUGCUCUCAGAUCCAGCAGCAAUUGUUCGGUGUGCUGCCUUAGAAACUUUGUGUGACAUUCUUCCACUGGUCAGAGAUUUCCCCCCCAGUGAUGCUAAAAUUUUCCCUGAAUAUAUACUUCCGAUGCUUUCCAUGCUUCCUGAUGAUCCGGAGGAAAGUGUAAGGAUAUGCUAUGCAAGCAAUAUAUCUAAGCUAGCACUAACCGCCUACGGAUUUUUGAUUCACUCUAUAAGCUUGAGUGAGGCUGGGGUUCUUACUGAAUCAAAUUCACCACAGAAGUCCCUUUAUGCAUCCAAUGAUACAUCGGGGCCGAAAAAAACUCGCAAUAGUGAUGCCCAAUUGGCACAGUUAAGAAAAUCUUUUGCUGAGGUCAUCCAAGAACUUGUCAUGGGCCCAAGGCAAACUCCAAAUAUCAGGAGAGCACUCUUGCAUGACAUUGGAAACCUUUGUUGGUUUUUUGGGCAGAGGCAGAGUAAUGAUUUUUUGUUGCCCAUCCUCCCUGCUUUCCUAAAUGAUCGAGAUGAACAACUCAGGGCUGUUUUCUAUGGUCAAAUUGUAUACGUCUGCUUUUUUGUUGGGCAGCGAAGUGUGGAGGAAUAUCUUUUGCCUUAUAUUGAGCAGGCCUUGAGUGACAUUUCUGAGGCCGUAAUUGUGAAUGCAUUGGAUUGUCUAGCUAUUCUAUGCAAAAGUGGAUAUUUAAGGAAGAGGGUCUUACUUGGGAUGAUAGAGCAUGCUUUUCCAUUAUUGUGUUAUCCUAGUCAAUGGGUCCGGAGAUCGAAUGUCACUUUCAUUGCGUCAAGUAGUGCGAAUUUAGGUGCUGUAGACUCAUAUGUUUUCCUUGUACCUCUUAUACGACAAUUCCUCCGCAGACAACCAGCAUCGUUAGCCUCAGAAGAAGCUCUUCUUUCUUGCCUGAAGUCACCAGUCUCAAGAGAGUUGUAUUACCGUCUUGUAGAAAAUGCCAGGAGUUCAGACAUGCUGGAAAGACAGAGAAGGAUAUGGUAUAAAAAAUCUUCACAGGCUAAGGAUUCAGAAUCAAUGGAUUCUCUUCAGAGAGGAGUAAUGGAUCUGGAUCCAGCGGCGUGCUGGUCUGAUGGACUGAUGGAUGCUCAAAGCGAUAUAAUGAUUGAAGGAGCGAAUAAGCACCUGGAUCUUGCCAAUUGCAAAGAUAAUGACAUUGAUUUGAGAUCUGUGGACAACUUGGUGCAAAAUCCUUCUAGUACUGUGGAUGCCGGGGAUUUGCUUGCUUCAGAAAAGCUGCAGUUGUCAGGUUUCAUGUCUCCACAGUUCAGUGGCAUGAAUAGCUUCAUUGAAAAGUCAGCACAAGGCAUCCCUUUAUAUCACUUUAAAGUUGAUAAUAACAAAAGACCAACAGCCUCUCCAACAGUCCCUGACGCUUCUUUACCAUACGGCUCUUUGGGCUUUGGUUCUGCUUCUCUUCCUUGGCUGGAUCCAGUAAAUAAAUCAUUCAGCUUAGCUAGUUCGGUUCCAGCUCCGAAAUUUGUCUCAGGCUCAAUCAGCAUUGGUGGUGGUUCAUCACAACUGCGGAGAGUUGUUCAUGAAGUUGAAGAUCGGGAGAUGGAUCAAACAGCCUUAAUGGCCAACAGGUUUGUGGAAAUGGGAGUAUCCAGUACAGGAAAAAGGAGUUCCCUCCCUAUGGAAAGUAAUUCUGCUUCAACUGAGGGAGCGGAGUCAACUUCUUUUGCACAAACUACAAUAAUUCCGGAUUCAGGCUGGAGGCCUCGUGGAGUGUUAGUUGCACAUCUGCAGGAGCAUCAGUCUGCUGUUAAUGACAUUGCUGUCUCUGUUGAUCAUAGCUUUUUUGUCAGUGCAUCUGACGAUUCAACAGUUAAGGUUUGGGAUUCUAAGAGGUUGGAGAAGGACAUCUCAUUUAGGUCAAGACUUACAUAUUCCUUGGGGGGAAGUCGGGCUUUGUGCGCUGCUGUGAUCCCAGGCUCUGCUCAGGUGGUUGUGGGAUCCUGUGAUGGUAAUAUUCACAUGUUUUCUGUUGAUUAUGUAUCCAGGGGACUGGGUAAUGUUGUUGAGAAAUAUUCAGGUAUUACUGAUGUAAAACGACAUAGUGCCGGAGAAGGUGCUAUCUUAAGCCUUUUGAACUACUCCCCUGAUGGUGGCCCUGGUAAAAUGAUUUUGUAUAGCACCCAAAAUUGCGGAAUCCAUCUUUGGGAUACAAGAACCAUUUUGAAUAUUUGGAACUCGAAAGUGAUUCCGGAUGAGGGUUAUAUAUCUUCUUUGGUAGCAGACCCUUGUGGAAAUUGGUUUGUUACUGGGUCAUCAAGAGGCGUGCUUACUCUGUGGGAUUUUAGGUUUUGCAUACCCGUCAAUUCAUGGCAAUAUUCUCUUGCAUGCCCCAUAGAGAAUAUGUGUCUGUUUCUUCCCCCUCCUAAUACCUCCUUUUCAGUCUCAACCAGACCACUCAUUUAUGUCGCUGCUGGUUGUAACGAAAUUUCCCUCUGGAAUGCUGAAGAUGGAAGCUGCCACCAGGUCUUGAAGAUCGCAAAUAGUGAAUCUGAUUCAGAAUUAUCUGACUCACCUUCGGCAUUGACCAGACCAUCCAGCAAGGGAAAUAGCAAAUCAGAUGUACGACGCAAUGCUGAUGCAAAGUAUAGAAUAGAUGAGCUGAAGGAACCUCCCCCACGUCUGCCUGGUGUUCGUGCAUUGCUUCCAUUACCAGGUGGGGACCUGUUAACAGGGGGUACUGACCUGAAAAUUCGCCGUUGGGAUCAUUCUAGCGCUGAUCGAAGUUAUUGUAUAUGUGGACCUACUAUAAAAGGAGUCGGAAAUGAUGAUAUCUUUGAGACAACAUCUAGUUUUGGGGUGCAAGUUGUUAAGGAGGCCAGGAAGCGACCUUUGCCAAUGAGGUUGAACACAAAGACAAUUCUUGCUGCUGCUGCAACUGAUUCAGCAGGGUGUCACAGAGACUCCAUCCUUUCUUUGGCGUCUGUUAAGCUGAACCAGAGACUGUUGAUAUCAAGCAGUAGGGAUGGUGCUAUUAAGGUUUGGAAGUAA